AGCUUACUUUACGGCAAGUGUCGCAGAGAUCGCUUACUGUUGGGUUGGGUUCGGGUUCCUGGAAGAUGGUUGUAAAGUGGUAGAUCUGUGUUAUAACUUUUCUCAUCUGAACUUCUGAUUUGGUUGCUGUUUGCUGAAACAUGAUGGGUUUUGAACGCCGACUGAGGGACAAAUACCAGCGGGCAGUUGUGCUAAGUGAGCGGGAAGCGUUGACAGACCCCGAAACAGAGCCUUAUCGUUCUAAAUACUCCGCCCGUGAGCUGCUGCAGGAGAUAAAACAGGAGCUCAGGCAACGGGAGGGUGAAGAGGCCCCUUCGACAGAACAGGAUGAUCAGCAGCAGGGUGAAGGGGAAGCGGCAGCAUGGGGUGGCGACCCACCGGAGGACCUGUUAAAGCUUGCUGUCAUUGAAUACCAGCUGGGUCUGAAUCAUGCCGAGACUGAGGAGCUGGCUGCUGGGGAGGAGCACCUUGUCAACUGUUUACGGAUGCUGAAACCUUACAGGUUGUCACCCAACAGCGUGCUGGUGGUAUUGGAUGCACAGAACCAGCUGGGAAUACUGUGGGCAGGCAGGGAUGAGAUCGAUACAGCUCAGACUUAUCUCGAGGAUGCGGAAGCUUUGUAUAAUGAGUACAUGAAAAAGGUUGGAAAUGCACCACUUCAUCCACAUGAGCACUUUAUGCCACAGGAUGAGAGUCUUACAGACCAAGAGAGAUCAAAAAGGUUCGAGAAGGCUUAUACCCAUACAUUGUACUACCUGGCACAGGUAUACAAGAAUCAAGAAAUGAAUGAGAAGGCUGCGAGGUACUGUCACACCACCCUGCAGCGGCAGCUGGAAUUUAAUGACUAUGUUCCAAUAGAGUGGGCCAUCAAUGCCGCUACACUGUCCCAGUACUACAUAACAAAGCAAUGCUACAUGGAAGCUCGGCACUGCCUGGCUGCUGCCAAUAUCAUUCUAACCCACGCCGGGGAGAUCCCUUCAAAAGCCGCUGCAGAGGAAAAUGAAGUAGAGAGAGAGAAACGAGAGAAAUUGUGUCAGAGGAAAGCUGAAAUUGCCAGAUGUUGGAUUAAAUACUGUAUUAAUCUCCUUCAAGAUGCACGGAACUUGCUUGAGGACAACAUUGGUCAAUUGGAUGUAGACAGACAGGAGGAGCUUAAAGCAAAACGGAAAAAAGAAGAGGAAGAAAAUGAAAAGGGGAGGAAAAAUGUUGUGCUUUUUGGAUCAAGUGAUACAUGCGACUCUAUUUUAACUGUAGAAAGCAAAGUGGGUUGCUACUAUCCUUUAGACUUCAGUGAAGCAAGAGAGAUCUUUCUGGUGGGGCAGAAUUACGUUCAGGAGGCCAAGGAGUACUUUCAAAUGGAUGGUCAUGUGACCGAUCAUAUUGAAAUUCUGCAAGAUCACAGUGCCUUGUUUAAGGCUCUUGCAUUCUUUGAAGAAGACUACGAACGAUGCUGCAAAAUGCACAAGCGGCGCAUCGACAUGCUGGAGCCAGUCUGCAAAGAGCUGAAUGAACAAUACUACCUUCUGAUCUGUCGACAGCUUCAGUUUGAAAUUGCAGACACAUUCUAUGAAAUGAUGGACUUGAAGGUAGCAAUUGCCAGUACACAGACCGAAGAGAUGAACGCUCACAUCAUAAAGAAAAUUAACCUCCUUGCUCAGUCAGCCAUUACAUACUAUGAACGCUUCCUAAACACGCUCAGAAGUCCCGAUAAGAAGUUUCCUGAGACACUUACAGAGGAUGUUCUGCGUCCUGCUAUUGUGGCCAAGUUUCAUAUUGCACGUUUGUAUGGCAAACUGAUUGUUGCUGAUGGUAGGAAGCAGUUAGAAAAUAUGCAGGAGUCGCUAGACAAUUACAAGUUUGUGGUAGACUACUGUGAGAACCACCCAGAAGCUGUGAAGGCAGUUGAAACUGAGCUGGAACUUAGCAAUGAGAUGGUCCAGCUCCUUCCCACAAAAAUGGAGAGGAUGCGAGGAAAACUGCUGGCGUAGCUUGCUCUGUAGUGCUGAAAUACGAGAUGGUCAUUUAGCAUGUUUGUUAUUCAGCUUUAGAUCUCAAGUCCCAGCUGUCCGAAGAACAGAUGUGAAGCAGACCACCCAAAAACACACCUGAAAACUUCUCUUUGUAAUAAAAUUUAGGGGUAGCACUGCCAUAAGUGUGCUGAUUAAUAUGUAAAUGCUCACUGCUUUAGACAGAUACAUAUCCUGCUGACCUUGCUUUAAGAGAAUGUAUAUUAGUGUAUCACUUAGCUGUGUUCUUCAGGUGUGACCAAACUGUUCUUUUCUAGUGUGAGGACAGCCCAGCAAUUAAACAAAGCUGAAUUAAUGCUACAUAUUUGCUUUCUGAUAGGUUUUGUAGUGCACUAAUCAUAUAAGUCUUCAUGCAUUGCUUCUGUGGCCUUUCCUUCUGCAUAUUGUGGAUGAUUUUGAGAAACUACUUCAUUCCCACUCCUUACAGUGGCCCCCAGCUGCAAUAAUAUAACAGAAAAACUGGCUAGUAGUAAUCUGACUAGAAAAUGCAGUGAAAGAAGAGACUACUAUAGGGGUGUUAUACAGGUUGUAGGUAAGAUGAGGACAUGACGAAAGGUGCUGUUGCAGAACAGUUUUCUAUCUCUAGACACAGUGCUAUUAUAACAGCAAGUUCUAAUGCCUUUAAGUUGUGUAUUUGUACAUUAGGCAUGUUCAUAUUAAUUCUUAUUUAUAUAGAAGGGAUAACAUUUUUUUUCAUCCAGUUAAUACACUUCGUGUUAAACAUGGAAAUAUUGUGUUAGCUGGCUUAUUUAAAUAGCCUUGAUGUGUACACUAGUGUCAUUGUAUAUCGUAGUUAACUCUACUAAUCCAGAAAUUGUGCAGUGCAUAGGAUGCUAUCCUUCUCUGGUCCUCCCAGUUUUCAGAAAAUGAAAUGGAUUUAACAUUAAUGACAUACAGCUCAUAUGAACCUCUGAUAGCCCCUGCUUGUCUGUGACUCAUUGCAAACAUAAUGCAUUUCAUUACUGAGUAAAUACUAAUAACAGUU